UAAUCACACUGGAUCUGUCCUUCUCAAAAUAAAGUGGAACUGAAAUAUAUUUAGAUACAAGUUAUCAUUUACGGCGAAGUAGUCACUUAAUAACUUGCCUACUUAUACAGUUCUUGGUUAUAGCGUUUAGAUAAUGGCAACGUUUGUCAUAAAGCACAAGUCUGGUGGUAAAUAUUUACAUCAUUCAAACGGCAGAAAGAAUCCAGGAAACGACCAGAAAUUAGUUUUAUGCGAAGGAACAGAUGACCAAACCCAUUUCACCUUUGAUGUUGAAGAUGAUCAUUGGGGAUACAUACGACACGUAGCAAGUGGUAAAGUAAUACAUCCGUAUGGCGGCGAUUUUAACCCAAGAAACAAUGCGGAUCUUGUCCUACACGAGGACCGUCAUGGAGGCGCCCUUUUCUGUAUCGAUAGUGCAAAUGAUGCCAUAAUGCACAUAGGAGGAAAGUUUGUACAUCCGAAAGGUGGAAGCCACAAGCCUGAAAAUAACACGCAGGUUUGCCUUCAUCAAGAUCAACACUAUCAAAUGAAGUUCGAAUGUGUAUCUCCAAACAAUACCAGCGAAGAAGCUCUAGUUUAUGGUGCACCAACCUUACGUGGAAAGUGGAAAAUUAUCAAUAUGGUAAUGAAUCCGGCAGCGGUACACAAACAAACCUUCCAAUACAAGGUUGGGAAGUCAAAAACUGAGAGUACAACUUAUUCGUUUUCGUUUAAGUGGGAAACAACAGCAAGUGUAUCAGCUGGUAUUGGGUCUGCAUCCGCGUCAGCAUCCUUAUCAUCUAUGUUUGAAAGAUCAUCUGCUUCAACAUGGUCGGAGGAGACAACAGUUAAACGAGAGAUAACAGUUAACCCAGGAGAAUCUGUGGUUACUUGGCAAUUUGUUUUUACAUGUGAGCAGCUAAAUCACAGAGCCAAAUUUUACAGCAACUUGCUUGCAGACACUCGAAGUCCAACUGAUGUUCCUGACGACAUUGCUGCAAUUGGAUUUUGAUCAGAUAGUUUACAAUUUUCACGCUUACAUUUAAACUUGCUUUAUAUUAUAUUUUAUUCACUUUGAUAGUAUCUACUUCAAUAUCUCUUGGAAUAUAUAUUGAUAUAAACUUUGCCAUUUGACAUCGAUCAAUUUAUAUAGAGGAAGCACAUUAAUUAUCUGAAAUAUUAACUGGUUUUGUAUACGUUAUCAAAUAUUCAUUUUUGUACUUAUUUAUGGUUGUUACUGUACACAUUUUGACUUAUAUAUUUUCUUUGUGAACUGUACUUUUUUUUCUAUUACGAUCUUAAAUAUUCGUAACAACGACCGUUGCAUAAACGUUUUAAUCAAACUGAAAAAAAAAAAAUAAAACCUCUAUAAUUUUUGUUGGUUGAUCUGGAGGUUUCUACGUCAAAUUGUAAUUGUAUUCGAUCCUUAUAUACAACGUUUUCAUGGUUUUUCAACGGUUUUUCCUGUGAUUGGGUGAUAAUGUUAUCAUGUUUUGAUGCUCGAAAAUUCGUCUUGUUUUAUAUUUCAGAAUGCACAGUAGGUGAAAAUUUAAACUACAUAUAUUUUAGACAAUAUCUAUAUUAUAUAUAUUUAAACGACGGUACUAUUCAAAGCAGGGAAGAAACGAAAUUUUUUACUGAGGAUACAUUUCAAUUUUACAUACAAUCUAUCCUGUACAACUGCCAUUUGACCUUUAAACGCUGGAUUGUCGCUGAACUUAAGAAGAAGUAAUUACCCAAACUAACGAGUAAAAUGUGUUGCACAACGCAGCUUAUCAAAAGAAAAGACAACUACAUAUGGAAAAUUAUACUUCUUUUAUCAAUAUCAACAUAAAGAUGGAAGAGAAUGGUCAUUAUCAACAAGUCAAAAUUAUUUUGAAUUUUUCAUUGCACUGACAUCGCUCUUUCAUUAUGUUCUGAUAAUUUGGAUAAUAAAUGCUCCGAUUUAAAAAUCAGAUUCAUCAAAUCUUGAAAUCGAACUAAUUGAAAAAUUAUUAUUUUUAAAUUGUAUGUUGAAAAAAAUAUUAAAACACAAACGAAAAAGUUAAAACUCUUUCCAUAAAUUAUUCAGAAUUUGAGUAUACAUUAAUGCUAAUACGAAGUAAAUAGGCAGUGGCCGAGAGGUUAAGGAUGCGAAUGAGAAUUUUAUAAAUUGAAAACUCAAAUAUAUUUCAUUUUACAUGCUAAAAUUCAUUUGUUUCUUAACUAUAAACCAUUUAAAUGCCUUUCUUCAUACGUUUUUUUUCCAAGUUGUUAUGUUUAACACAUUAAAAAAAAAAGAGGCGAUAGAUACUAAAGGGACAUUCAAAACUCCUAAAAAAUAAACAAACAACGUCAUAGUUAAAAAUAUAAAAAAAAACCAACAGAUAUACAACAGUACACAACACUCAACACAUAAUAGAAAACUAAAGACUGAGCAACACGAACCUCACCAAAAACUAGGGGUGACCUCAGGUGCUCCGGAAGGGUAAGCAGAUCCCGUCAUGUUACUCAUGUUAGUAACUAUAUUAUUAUCUACUUCUUAUCAAUGUUUAUAAAUGCCGGAAAUGUCAGCAAUUAACUCUCAUAUUGAGGAAAUUUGGUGUGACCAAAAUGCUGUUAUACUGAUUCUUUAAAACAUACACUCCAAUCAUAAUGAUUCGUUUAUCUUUGUAGAGAUAAGUAUUAAAAAUAUUAUAUAUUACAUUUAUAUAAAAUUUCAUGGAGCAGCAAAUGCAUGAUAUGACCUGGAUUAUAGUUAUUGGUUAAUGUAUUUUUUUUAAAAUAUUUUAAAAUAUAUUUUAUUUACGUGUUUUCUUACUAAUGCUUUGCAAUGUUGACCAGGUACACAUGUAUUUCGCAUGUGAUAUUUUAUAUAUGCUUAUAAUGCUCUCAAUACUAAAUAUCAAAAUUCAUAAGCUAUUGAUUUGAUACUUUUUUCCAUCGUAAAAGGAAUAUCUCAUCAACAAUACCAGUCUAAUAGUUUGGUGGCCUUAUUUUUAUAUUUGGUAAUUAUUUAAGGUAACCGUAUGGUGUUUGGUUGUUUAAUUUGAUGUAAUGAUCAGAUCAUAUAUGAGUAUGAUUUAGAUUUUACUGUAAGAAUAAAUACUUUGAUCAUUGAAAUAGCAUUAGGAGUAGUGAUAAGAUAUGAUAAAAGCCAUUAUUUGGCUCCUGAAAUGACAUCUUUUUUAAAAUUAUGUUACCGUAUAGCGGUUUAUCUUCGCUUAUAUUGGCGGAUAAAUGAAAGUCGCGAAAAUAAAUUUCGCAAAAAUUUAUGCAUAUGUUCUUUCUAAUAGCUAAAACGUUUUGUAAACGAUGUGUUUCUUUUGAAGUCGGCAAGUCAAUAACGGUAUAUGUUAGUUUUAACAAUAUAAAUGCCAAAGCGCAUUGUACAUACAUGCAUUUCAUAAAAUGACUGCUAGGUGUGUAUACCCUUAUUAAUUAGUGUCAAACAAAAUAAGACUGUAAGGUACUUUAUCAGGUUAUUACCUUUAUUAAUUAGUGCCAAAUUGUAUAAGAGUUGUAAGUUACUCUUGAUAAUUUUAUACCCUAAUUACUUCGCCAUCACGAGUUGGUUGAUCAUUACGGAAUAUCCGUUUCACAGAUGAUAAUGGAUAUGAUCAUAAAAAACUACAAUCCCGUCCCCUUUUCCCGAAUGUGACCUACCGAAUUAGACUUAAUUCCGGGUUUGUACUAACAUGAGCAAAACGACGGUUACCACAUGUGGAGCAGGAUCUGCUUACCAUUUCUUAGCACAUGAUAUCACCCCAGUUUUUGGUUGGGGUCGUGUUGAUCAGUCUUUAGUUUUCUAUGUUGUGUUUUGUGUACUAUUGUUUGUCUGUUGGUAUUUUUCAUUUUUAGCCAUGGCGUUGUCAGUAUAGUUCCAAAUUAUGAGUUUGAAUGUCCCCUUGGUAUCUUUCUCCUCUCUUUUAGUAAGUACAUCAAAUGUCCGGUCAAUAUCGUAACCAAUCAACUGUAAAAUUUUCAAAAAGUUUGUAUACCUGUGACAACUAUUCAAGUUACCGGUAUUCUAUUGAUUUGAUGUAUCAGAAUAUAUUCAAUAAAUAAGACGUCAUUCAGGUAAACAAAAUCAUUUAACCAUAACAAUAUAGACACUUGUUUGUCAAUUUUUAUAACUUUUUAACCUCAUCAAGUUCAGUAUCCGCUAAAUAUUUAUUAGGGGUUUAUGAAUCCACCAAGACAAAAACCGCCAAAAUUUUUCGUAUAUUUUGUUGCCCCGUAAUCGCGAAAUUUUACACCUGCGAAAAUAACUCGCUAUACGGUAAUUGUUUUCGAUAAAUAAACAAGAUCAAAUUUGUAGUUGUGACAACUCUAGUGCAAGAAGGUUAUUUGUGAUAAUGUUACAUUGACUUAUUUGUCAAAAAAGACAUUUUAUAUUUGCAUUUUAUUCAUUAAAUAUAUACAAAAGCUUA